CCUUAAUGAGACAAAGCUUGGAAAGGAUAAGAAAGGAAAUAAGAUUCUGAAUGGUGUGGGGAACUGAUCCCUUUUGGGGCAUUAAUGCGACUAUUAAGCUACAACUGUCGUAGGUUGGGGAGUACACGUGCAUUUGAUCUUUGAAGUCGUUAUUGCGACAAACGUCCCCUCACAUUGUCUUCUUAAUGGAGACAAAACAGACAGAGAAAGAAAACGAAGAAAUUCGCAAGGAGCUUGGUUUUGAAAAUGGCGAGAGCUGGUCAGCGGUUAUUACCCCAUGAAGUAGGGGAGGGGGUGUGAGUUUGUGGUGGAAGGAAGGACUGCAAGUUACGGUUAUGUCUGGUUCCUUACACUACAUUGAUAGUAAAAUUGUCGAGGAUAUCUAUGGUACGUGGAGAUUUUCAAGUAUCUAUGGGUGGCCGGAAGGAAGUGAGAAGUGGAGGACUUGGGAUCUUAUUCGAUCCUUAGCAGGGCAAUGGGAUGGUCCAUGGCUGUGCGGAGGUGACUUCAACCAGGUGCGGACGAACGAUGAAAAGGUUGGAGGGAACAAUCCAAGUGUAGCUGAGAUGGACUCUUUCAAUGAUUGCCUUAUGGAGGUGGGAAUGCAAGAUUUGGGGUACAUUGGAUAUAAGUUCACCUGGGAGAACUCGCGAAGACAUGGUGGUUAUAUCGAGGAGGUUUUGGACAGGUUCAUAAGGUCUGAUGCUUGGAGGGAUAAGUUUCGGAAUGCGCGGGUUCUCCACCUUGAUAAGCUAAGAUUAGACCAUAGCCCGAUCGUCUGAGAUAGCCUGGGUGAGGAAGAUGUUGAUCCGACAUGGGGUUGGUCCUUCCGUUUUGACCCUAUUUGGACAAAACACGAGGAAUGCCCAAAUGUGAUAAGGGAAGCGUGGCAGUUAGGAGGAGCGAAUGAUACCCUCGAAAGAUUGGAGCGAUGUAGGGACUUUCUUGGACAGUGGAGUAAGAGGGCUUUUCUGAAUUUUAGGAUUCAGAGAAGGAAGAUCGCCAGAGCUCUUAGAGCGCUUGAUUGGUCUCCCAAAACCGAGGAAGUGCUUGCGUAGAGGAGGGUGCUAGAAUCGGAACUUGAAGAGUUGGAAGCGACUGAAGAGGAAUAUUGGAAACAAAGGAGUCGAGUUGAU